GUAGAUGUACAGAAGUUGUCAAAAUAGACUUGCAAAGGCAGUCAUCACAUCUCAUCUAAAAUCUCAUCCGCAGUUUCUUAUCUUCUUCAACCAAAACCCAAACCCCUGCCUCUUGAAAUGGCGGGAGUAGCAAGCCUGGGUUUAGUGUGUCCGGUGAAGCUGAGCCAGAAGCCUCGCUAUUCUCCAUCAUUGACUCGCCAUUCUUCUUCCUCCGUCAAAAUGAUGUCUGUUUCUGUGGAUCAGGACAAGAAGACCUUUACUCUUGACAAAUCUAAACAAGCCUUCGAGGCCGCUAAGGAAUUGAUGCCCGGAGGUGUGAAUUCGCCGGUACGAGCAUUCAAAUCAGUAGGCGGACAGCCUAUUGUAAUUGACUCGGUCAAGGGAUCUCACAUGUGGGACAUUGAUGGGAAUGAGUACAUCGACUAUGUUGGUUCAUGGGGGCCUGCAAUCAUUGGUCAUGCCGACGAUGAGGUACUCAAAGCCUUGGCUGAAACAAUGAAGAAGGGUACGAGCUUUGGUGCUCCAUGUCUUCUAGAGAAUGUUCUGGCUGAGAUGGUCAUCUCAGCUGUACCAAGUAUAGAAAUGGUGAGAUUUGUCAACUCUGGCACAGAAGCAUGUAUGGGAGUACUUCGUCUGGCUCGUGCAUUCACUGGCAGACAGAAAAUCAUCAAGUUUGAGGGUUGUUACCAUGGUCAUGCAGAUCCAUUCUUAGUUAAGGCUGGAAGCGGUGUUGCUACUCUAGGACUCCCGGACUCUCCUGGUGUCCCAAAGGCAGCUACCUAUGAUACACUAACAUCUCCAUACAAUGACAUUCAAACUGUCAUAAGUCUGUUUGAGGAGCACAAAGGGGAAAUAGCUGCAAUCAUCCUUGAGCCUGUGGUAGGAAACUCCGGUUUCAUCACCCCUACAGUUGAUUUCUUGAAUGCCCUCCGCAAGAUCACAAAAGAAAAUGAUACUCUUCUAAUUUUUGAUGAAGUCAUGACUGGGUUUCGGUUGUCUUAUGGUGGUGCUCAAGAAUACUUUGGGAUCACUCCUGACUUAACAACCCUGGGGAAGAUUAUUGGGGGUGGGCUGCCUGUUGGGGCAUAUGGUGGAAGGAGGGAGAUUAUGGAGAUGGUUGCACCAGCCGGACCAAUGUACCAAGCUGGGACACUUAGCGGUAACCCAUUAGCAAUGACUGCAGGAAUCCACACUCUUAAGAGGUUAAAACAGGCAGGAAAUUACGAAUACUUGGAUAAAAUCACCAGUGAGCUUAUCAAUGGGAUUUUGGAAGCCGGAAAGAAUGCUGGACAUGCAAUGUGUGGAGGUUAUAUUAGUGGAAUGUUCGGUUUUUUUUUCACAGAAGGGCCUGUAUAUAACUUUGAUGAUGCUAAGAAAAGCGAUACAGCCAAGUUUGCAAAAUUUUACAGAGGGAUGCUAGAGGAAGGAGUAUACUUUGCACCUUCACAAUUUGAGGCUGGGUUCACUAGCCUAGCACAUAGUUCAGAAGAUAUUCAGAGGACGAUAGCAGCUGCUGAUAAAGUUUUAAGACAACUCUAGUGUGUUGGUUUCUGUAUGUUUAAGUAAUGAGUUUCUUUUUGUUUCAAAAAAAAAAAAAGUAAUGAGUUUCUUUCUGCAGGCAUAUUGGUUUUAAUCCUAGGUUUUCUAUAAUCCUAGGCUGUUGGGUUUAUUUUGUCUGUGUAGUUGUAACUUUACUAUUAAAUAUCAAUGCAAUUUUCUCCUUGUUUAAUA